GUUUGAUUCUAGACCUUUUACUACCUGUUCUUUUCUUCCGUGUUGCAAGAAGUACUUAUAAUCGAAGAAACAAUGAAUUCCAACCACUUUUACACAAUAAUCCCUUCGAUACAAGCUCCCUUGCUCCUCAGUAUCAGUUAAACAGCUUGGUCGGUGCUGCUACUAUACACCUUAUCGGGAAUUUAUCAAAUGUACUUGGCAAUAACACGACAAUCCCGUCAAUUAUAUUUAACUUGUCAUACUUUAUUGCUUUUCCAAUGUACGCCAUUUAUGUACAUCAUGCUGAGAAAACUCGAUCUAAAUAUGUUGUUCCUACAACGUCAUUAUGCCAAUUCAUUUUAUUGGUUUUGUGGGCUACUUCUUUAAGUGCUAUUGCC